AUGGGGAAGGAAAGGUACCUCAAGCAGAUUGAGGCUAUCAUUGCUUGCCCUGUGGAAUAUUCGCGCUCGGACUGGAGCGAAUACGCUCUCAGCGAUCGUGGGUACAAGGGCAUCCAAUUACGACUUAACCAACAUGAACAUGAUUUGAAGGAAGGAUUGAUAUUGGCCUGCAUCCAUGGGCCACUUGGCCCAUCUGUAUUGGUAUGGGCAGUAAAAAGCGGCUAUUUUAUCGCCAUUCACCACCGAGAUCAAGUGUCUCUUCAAGAAAGAAUACGCAACACGUACUGUGCAUACCACUGGGGAGUUCUGUUGGCACCUAAGAAGUCCAACGGCCGCGACAACAUGGCAUACGACGUUUCGGACGGCGUUCGGUUGGAUAAUGAAACUGGACAAGACCUGAACCCAGAAAGAGAUUGGUUCUUCAGGAUUAGGAACGUGAAUUCCGUUGGACAGUGGGCGGUUGGCUGA